UUCCCUUCUGGAUUCUUUUUGCGCUCAUUUCUUCCAGUCCAGUCACUAUUCAAAGCUCGCUUUCACAGUUUGGGGACUUUGAUUAAGUCUCUUCCCAUCCACUCGACACCAACCAGUCAAGGAAUCCGGCGCGCGCUCCUGAUCAUGCCCUUCCAUAAGCCUUUCCGGUGAUCGUUUCCUUUCAACACAGUGUGUGAGACCUUCGGACAAGAUCUCCCCUCACCUUUUCCCCGCCGCGCCCACCACCGCGAACCACAACCUUCUCGCCCCCCACCCAAUCUCUGAUAUCGAUUAAACCCCGCCGCGAACAAUGGCCUCCUCAGCUGGCUCUUCAGUGAGCGAGCUUUGCGCCCGACUCUACGAUGCCUGCUUGAGAAACUUCCCAUCCGACCAUCUCUUCUACCAGCAAGAUCUCCUCGGACUGGGGAUCGUCCCCAAGAAUGACCUCGCGCUACUCCUGCAAUGCACUCAAUCGCUCGUCGACCAGAAACUGUUCCGUCUGCUCCAGGGAAAGAAUGAUCGGUUAGCGUGGAAGAUCAUCUCCCGGGAGGAUGCAGAGAAACUCCAGAACCUCAGCCCCGACGAAAGUUUAGUUUACAAUGUCAUCCACUCGACCGGACGGUCCGGCAUCUGGGUGCGCGCCAUCGGCACGCGCACGAACCUGCACAAGUCGAUUCUGGACCGCUGCCUCAAGUCGCUGGAAGGGAAGAACUACAUCAAGAGCGUGCACAAUGUCAAGUUCCCCAGCCGGAAGAUGUACAUGCUGGCGGGGUUGGCGCCCAGCGAGGACGUGACGGGCGGGGCCUGGUUCACGGACGGCGUGCUGGACGAGAACUUCAUCAACAGCGUGGCCGGGUUCAUCGAGUGGAAGGUCAGCCAGAAGAGCUGGUACGAGGUGCCCGCCGUCCACCACCGCAACAACAAGCGCCUCAAGACCGUCGACGGGAACGGGGUCGUCAGCAGCAACCCCUACGAAACCGACCCCCAACCGCAGAAGGAAUACAUCCCCUUCCCCGCCGGCUACCAGGGCUACCCCACCAUCCCCGAGCUGACGGCCGCCGUCAACGCCAGCGGCAUCACCCCCGUGCGACUCGGCGAGGAGAGCAUCACCCAGCUCCUGGAGAUGCUCUGCUACGACAACAAGCUGGUCGCCCUCAACAACGGCGAGGUCUACCGCUCCGUCAAGACCCCCGCCCAGGUCAAGUCGCAGCAGGCGCGCAAGCCCCCCGGCGAGGACUCCGGGAUCGACGACCGUCUCGUCCGCAACGGUAUGACCGAAGCCCCGUGCGGUCAUUGUCCGGUCUUCAAGCUCUGCGCGCCCGGCGGAGCCGUCAGCCCGGAAAGUUGCGAAUACUUCGAUCCCUGGUUAGAAAAAGCACUGGGAUUUUGAGAGAAGAGAGAGAAAAGGGUAAAAAGCAGACACGAAAAAAAAAAGGUUGUCCUCGCGUCUCUGAUCGGUUACCCCGAGUGUCCAAUUUUAGUCUGCAUGGCUCAACUUCAACUUCUAUAUCUCUUACCUCUCUUUUCUCAUACCAACGCCCCUUUUCUUC